CCUCCUACUUCCCGGGCUUCCAUCCCAGUUUCUGCUAGGAAUUCGGAGCCUCCCCUGCAGCGACUCAGAAGAUCCGAGGCGGCGGGGGACAAGUCGGCGCCCCAGAGCUGACGAGUCACCAGGUGUCAAGAUGCUGCGAGUCCAUAGGACUGGACUGGGCAGGCUGGAGGUCAGCCUCUCCAAGGGUCUUCACCACAAAGCUGUGUUGGCCGUCCGGAGGGAGGAUGUGAAUGCCUGGGAGAGAAGGGCCCCUCUAGCUCCCAAGCACAUCAAAGGCAUCACCAAUCUGGGAUACAAGGUCUUGAUACAGCCUUCGAAUCGACGGGCCAUUCAUGAUAAGGACUAUGUCAAAGCUGGUGGCAUUCUUCAGGAGGAUAUUUCCGAAGCUUGUCUAAUUUUGGGAGUUAAAAGACCUCCAGAGGAAAAAUUAAUGUCCAGGAAGACUUACGCAUUUUUCUCCCACACAAUAAAAGCUCAGGAGGCCAAUAUGGGCUUGUUGGAUGAGAUUCUAAAACAGGAAAUUCGCCUUAUUGAUUAUGAGAAAAUGGUGGAUCAUAGAGGAGUACGGGUAGUGGCAUUUGGACAGUGGGCCGGUGUGGCAGGGAUGAUCAACAUUUUACAUGGAAUGGGUUUAAGGCUCCUUGCUUUGGGACAUCACACACCUUUUAUGCACAUUGGCAUGGCUCAUAACUACAGGAAUAGCAGUCAGGCUGUGCAAGCUGUUCGUGAUGCUGGCUAUGAAAUAUCUUUGGGUUUGAUGCCUAAGUCAAUAGGGCCCUUAACAUUUGUGUUCACAGGAACUGGUAAUGUUUCUAAGGGAGCCCAAGCAAUCUUUAAUGAGCUACCUUGUGAAUAUGUGGAGCCCCAUGAAUUAAAAGAAGUUUCCCAAACUGGAGACCUCAGAAAAGUGUAUGGGACGGUGUUAAGUCGUCAUCAUCAUCUUGUCAGGAAAACAGAUGGUGUGUAUGAUCCUGCAGAGUAUGACAAACAUCCUGAGCGCUACAUAAGUCGUUUUAAUACUGAUAUUGCACCCUAUACAACUUGCUUAAUUAAUGGAAUCUACUGGGAACAAAACACUCCUCGCCUCCUAACCCGCCAAGAUGCUCAGAGUCUCCUGGCUCCAGGCAAGUUCUCAGCUGCUGGUGUGGAAGGCUGCCCUUCAUUACCACACAAUCUUGUUGGAGACUUCAGAAUUUCAUCCUCUCAUCGAAGUAUUGAUGUUAUUUUCAGACUUGUGGCAAUAUGUGACAUUUCAGCUGACACAGGAGGGUCUAUAGAGUUUAUGACUGAGUGUACAACAAUAGAGCGUCCCUUUUGCAUGUAUGAUGCAGACCAGCAUAUUAUUCAUGACAGUGUUGAAGGCUCGGGGAUCCUGAUGUGUUCCAUUGACAAUUUGCCAGCACAGCUCCCAAUUGAAGCCACAGAAUGCUUUGGAGACAUGCUUUACCCUUAUGUUGAAGAAAUGAUAUUAUCAGAUGCGACACAGCCUCUUGAAAGUCAGAAUUUUUCUCCUGUGGUGAGAGAUGCAGUGAUUACAUCCAACGGUACAUUACCUGAUAAAUAUAAAUAUAUCCAGACACUCCGGGAGAGCAGGGAAAGUGCUCAGUCACUUUCAAUGGGCACCAGAAAGGUUUUGGUUCUUGGAUCUGGCUAUGUAUCUGAGCCUGUAUUGGAAUAUUUAUCAAGAGAUGGCAAUAUAGAAAUAACAGUAGGCUCUGACAUGAAGAAUCAAAUUGAACAGUUAGGCAAGAAAUAUAAUAUUAAUCCUGUUAGCAUGGACAUUUGUAAACAAGAAGAGAAGCUGGGCUUCUUGGUGGCAAAACAGGAUCUUGUCAUCAGCUUGUUGCCUUAUGUAUUGCACCCUCUUGUGGCCAAGUCCUGCAUCACAAACAAAGUUAACAUGGUCACUGCAAGCUACAUCACACCAGCACUAAAAGAAUUGGAAAAGAGUGUGGAAGAUGCCGGCAUCACAAUCAUUGGUGAAUUGGGAUUGGACCCUGGUCUUGAUCACAUGUUAGCAAUGGAAACAAUAGAUAAAGCCAAGGAAGUGGGAGCCACGAUUGAAUCAUAUAUUUCCUACUGUGGUGGGCUUCCAGCCCCCGAACAUUCGAACAAUCCAUUGAGAUAUAAAUUUAGCUGGAGUCCAGUGGGAGUUUUGAUGAACGUAAUGCAGUCUGCCACCUAUCUGCUUGAUGGAAAGGUUGUGAAUGUUGCAGGGGGCAUCUCCUUUCUUGAUGCCGUUACGUCCAUGGAUUUUUUCCCAGGAUUAAAUUUGGAAGGCUAUCCUAACAGAGACAGUACAAAAUAUGCUGAGAUUUAUGGCAUUUCUUCUGCUCACACUUUGUUGCGGGGGACACUGAGAUAUAAGGGAUAUAUGAAAGCUUUGAAUGGAUUUGUAAAAUUAGGUCUUAUAAACAGAGAAGCACUUCCUGCCUUUAGACCUGAGGCCAACUUUCUCACCUGGAAACAACUCCUCUGUGACCUAGUUGGGAUUUCACCCUCCUCUGAACACGAUGUGUUGAAGGAAGCUGUUCUUAACAAACUAGGAGGAGACAAUACCCAGUUGGAGGCUGCUGAAUGGUUGGGCUUACUUGGGGAUGAAGAAGUCCCUCAGGCAGAGUCCAUUGUGGAUGCCCUCUCCAAGCAUUUGGUCAUGAAGCUUUCCUAUGGUCCUGAAGAAAAAGAUAUGAUUGUGAUGAGAGACAGCUUUGGAAUCAGACAUCCUUCUGGACAUUUAGAAAAUAAAACGAUUGAUCUGGUGGCUUAUGGGGACAUCAAUGGCUUUUCAGCCAUGGCUAAAACCGUGGGGUUACCCACCGCCAUGGCAGCCAAAAUGUUGCUUGACGGUGAAAUUGGAGCCAAAGGCCUAAUGGGGCCCUUUUCAAAGGAGAUCUAUGGACCAAUAUUGGAGCGAAUUAAAGCAGAAGGCAUUAUAUAUACUACACAGAGUACAAUUAAACCAUAAUUGGGAAUUAUAUUUUGUUCUUUUCUUCCCAGGCAAUACAGCUCUGAAUGUGUGUGAUAAAUGGGUUUGCUAAUGUGCUGUUUUAAAGUAUAAAGCAUAAUAUGUUUUGGUUAACACAAUGUAGUUUUUGAACUAUAAAUCUGUAUUUUAAUAUGGAAAUGUUUGGAACAGGAGAUGUCAGCUACCUACAGAGAAUUUUAAUAAUUCUAUCCUGCAUUUUAUAAAUAUGUAUGUGAAAGUGA